UGCACUGUUAACGAUUUCCGGUACUAUAUCAAUGGCAAGCCUAGCGCUGCCUGGAAUAAAGGGGCAGCCUUUGUGUUUGUCGACUAUGUGAAACAGGAAAAGCUGAUGAAGAUUCCCAACAAAGGGACUCACGAUUUACUUCGAAAAGGGUUCAUGACGCGUAUUCGUACCCUUCAUCACUAUCACACACGCUCCAAAUUCUCGAAAGAAAAAAGGGAUCGAUCUGCUAACAAGGGCAGGAAGUACUCAAGGAAGACAUCUGUAAGUGGCAAGACCUUCUACCAGCGAAGAGAACUUCUGAAUUCACUCAAUCCCCUCCGACAAUAUAUUCGCUACCUCGAUGCGAUCGGGAUAGCUGGUAUGUCUCCGGAUGAGGAAGACAAAGAGGGCCCAUUAUCCAUUCCACCGCAGUAUAAGAUGACGCGACCUUUUUGGCGAGGCGAGGAUUUGGAAGAAUUUUUUAUAUUGUUGGAUGCGUGUCAUAUCCUGAUCAGAAUGCGAAAUGAAUCACCCACAGGGACUACAUACUCUCAAGGGGCCCCACCUUGCUAUCGAGUACGAACACAGCGAGAAAGUGAAAACAAGUUAUUUGUCAAGGGUUUACCAAAAAACUUUUAUCGUGCUGGAUGGCUUGAGGAAAAGGAACCAGGAUGGCAAAAGGGCGGCGAGGGCUUUGUCAAUAUGAUCAUCCGCCCCAAGCCAGCCAAGGAGCUUGUUUUCCCAGCGGAACUAAAGGAGUAA